AUGACAAUGGAAGAGAAGCGCCCCUUACAAUCACAAGACCAAGAAACCAACCUCCCUCAUCACAACCCAUCCAAAAGUCCACUCAAGAAAUGGCACAUCAUCACGUUUAUAGCUCUUGCCGUCCUAUUAUUCCACCAGCCAUGGAAACGCUUCUCCUGCCACCACAAGCACCACCACAAGCACCAUAAUAAAGAUGUCAAAUACCCCGGAGAGCACAUAUCCUGGAAAUACUGCGACACCAACGACGGCAUAGACCUCGAAUGCAGCACCCUCCAAGUCCCCCUCGACCACUUCAACAACACCUCCCCCAGCAAGACAUUCACCCUCCCACUCAUACGGAUCCGCGGCCAAAACGCAUCGCAAAACAUCCUCGUCAACCCGGGCGGCCCAGGGGGCAGCGGCACAGAAUUCAUCUACCGUUUGGGAAAACGGCUCAAGGACUCCGUAGGGGAGGACUUUCACAUUCUCAGCUUCGAUCCCCGUGGUGUCAAUGGCUCGCAACCCGCAGCCCUCUGCUACCCUGACGGCGAGACAAGAAAGGCACGGUCCCAACUAUGCGCAACUGAUCCCAUCCGCGACAGCGUAGAAUCCUACGCCUGGUCUCAGAAUAUUGGCCGCGCCUGCAGAGAAACCAUGGGCGAGCAUGGGCUGUACAUCAACACGCCGCAGACGGCCGCUGAUAUGAACAGCAUCCUGGACGCAGUUGGCCAGCAAGACAUGUACUACUGGGGCUUCAGCUACGGCACUCUUCUGGGCCAGACAUACGCAACCAUGUUCCCCGAGAGAGCGAAGCGAGUCAUCAUCGACGGCGUUGCAGACGUCUUUGACUGGUACAACGAGCUCAUCAGCCUCACGGCCUUUGACGACUCGGAACACGCCCUCGCAGGCUUCUUCGACGAAUGUAUCAAAGCAGGCGACGCAUGUGCCCUGUCCUCGUUUGCAGACACGGCAACUUCCCUCCAGGAUAAAGUCAUGUCCGCAGUCGAGAAGCUCGCCAAGGACCCCAUCAGCGUGUACGUCGACAACCACACCUUCGGCAUCCUCGACUACACCACCAUGCUGUGGUCCAUCUUCCGCGUCCUCCACAAGCCCGGCCAGCAAUGGUACACUCUGGCCUCGAACCUCGCGCACUUGCUUCGCGGCAACGCCACGGCCGCAUUCCUGGCGUACAAGGAGCAGAGCUGGUUUGCCAGCGAGAUGGAGGAGCACGCGAUGACGAUUCAAUUCAACGACGCCAAGAGCGGGGCCGAGUACUGGCCUCAGCGGAAGGAAGAGCUCCUGGAGGCGUUUGCGCCGUAUGUCAAUCAGUCUCUAUUCGGGUCCUUUGCUCUGGGCGGUUACUAUCCGCAGGCGGCGUGGCGGAUUCCCAAGACGCACGCCUUCAGGACGAGGCAGAGCGUCGACACCAAGCUCCUGGUUCUGUCGACGACAUACGACCCCGUCACGCCGUUGACGUCUGCGAGAGUGGCGAGGCGGACGUUCCAGGGCUCACGGAUCGUUGAGGUCAAGGGGUAUGGACAUUGUUCGUUGGCGGUGGAAUCGGAUUGCGCACGCGAUAAAGUGAGGGCGUUUCUCAAGCACGGCAGUUUGCCCGACGAGGAUGUCAAGUGUGAUGUGAAUAGCGAUUUUUCGUACUUCCAAAAACCUACCUAG